AUGUCGACUGGUUGGAACAAUCUUUCCGUAAGCAACGGUAGCCAGGCUGGUGAUGAUGACAUCCCAGCUUGUUCUAGUUGCAAGAAGCGGAAAUUGCGCUGCUCAAGGGAGACUCCCACAUGUUCGCACUGUCAGCGCCUAGGCACUGAAUGUGUGUACAAUGCAAAGCAAAAACCCGGUCUCAAACCAGGAGCUGUAGAAGCAUUGACGCGUCGCGUCGCAUUUCUUGAACGAAUAUUGCUGGACGAUAGUGGCAACAUUCGUCCACAAUACAACGAUUAUGCGGAGUCUGAUAUCCGACAUCCUGCGAAUGAUGCAAAUACCGAAUCGGUCCGCACGGCCGAACUGGUCCAGCAAGCUGAUGCAACAGAUCGCACAUCACAACAUCAAGAAGCAAAUAAUCCUCUCCACACCCAUCCCAAAGAACUAACACAAGAGCAACGGCCUAUCAACCCACUGAAGCGCAAACUGGAUCAUGCUCAGCCCCCGUAUUGGCCGUUCGACCUGGACGAUGUCGACUCAGCGCAGCAUUUACCGGAGCAGCCAAUUUUGUGUAAAGUGGUAGACUUCUUCUGUACAUCUUUCCAUCACUGGAUCCCAUACAUCCACAAGCAGAGGCUUCAGAAUCGUGUACGCGAAGGCUUCCAGAGUGCUGGAUUCAGCCUAGUCCUUCAUGCCCUGGUAGCCACGACAUUAAGACACAUGGAUCCUAAUGUGCUUUUCCUGGAUCGAGAUCAAGUCAAAAGACAUGUCAAAAUCUCUCGCUCAGUUGUAGAAGCCAGAUGCAUACAGGACGUUUCCGUUGAGAGCCUGCAGGCACUGGUUCUGGUCGUGUUUGAUCAUCUCAACAAUGGACAGCCCCAGCGAGCCUGGCCGCUGAUCGGCUCGCUCACGAGAACAAUUGAUUACUUACAAUUGACCACCGAGCCGUCUCAAUCUCAACAUGGAUCUCUUAUGAAACCAGUGCGCUUGUUGCCACCAUCGAAUGACUGGACCGAGCUCGAAGAGCGUCGUAGACUCUUCUGGGUCGUCUUUCUGCUUGACCGAUUUUGCUCGAUUUCGACAGGGUGGAACACGAGUCUUACUGCCGAAGAUGUUCAUAGGAGAUUACCAGCGGAUGGUGGCUACUUCACACGCGAAGAGCCUGUGACGACCCCAUUCUUUGGAAUCUGGAACAAGGCAGCCGCGAGGAUUGGAAGAUCGCUUGCUCACUUACCAGCGCAAUAUAACGAAGAAGACCCAGCUAUCAGCGACUUACCCGUGGGAGCCAGUCCGAGUUCUGCCAAUGGCUAUAUCGAUGCCUCCAAGCUCGGCGCAUUCGCUUAUUGUGUAGAAGCCACAGAGUCGCUGAGUCAAGUAACGACAUUUUUUCUGCAACAGCGAAUCAACUGGCAGGAUAAAGAACAUGCCAUCAAUUGGUUGACGCGCUUCAAGGAGCUGGACCUUAGACUCGUUCAAUGGAAGAUGUUUUUGCCGCGCAAAUGGGCCGAUGCAGACAUAUCCGCUGAUCGAGAAGUCAUCGAUAUGGACCCUAAUCUUACCCUUGCACACAUCACGCAUAAUACGUCAAUGAUCCUACUUCAUCAUACGAUAGCAUAUCCUCCGCGGGGUUGGAACGAUUAUGUUGCUCUGCCUCAGAAUUGCAGUGCGCAGACUUGCGAGCUUGCGGCCAUCGAAACUUCUAACAUCGUGGACAAAUUUCUCACACAUUCGCCCAUCCCCUUUGUGAAUGCGCAAUUUGCAUUCUGUGCUUACGUCGCAGCAAAGGCUCUCCUGUUCGGUCACCAAAUGAAACGAAAAGCACAACUCCGGCCCGAGUUCCAGCGUCUAAUAAGGAAUCUGUGGGAGAUGUCCGAUCGGUGGUCUGGUAAGGACAGUAAUGUGGAGGCUCCGAUGACGCCCACAACCCAAUCAGGAAUUUUCGCAAAUCACCUUGCAAGUCUACAUGAUGCCUGUAAAGAUGGUCAAUUUAGCUUUGACCUAUAUGACCACUCGUGCGCACCAAGUAUACAGCAGUAUGCCAGCCCGAUAGCUACCGCAACCCCACGAUCUCACGCUACACGAGACACUCCCGUCACACGUCAUGUGCGACACAACAGCAUGAAUAGCUCCCAGUCAGCCCUGAGCCCAAGACGCCUGCCUUCCACCACCGGAUACCAAGUAGGACAAGGGAAUUCUUACGUCGCUACUCCCGGUCCGCAGCCCUACAUGGCUCCGUCAUCGUAUACAACACAGCAUGCCAUGAACGGAUUCCCUAGCGUAACCCAUCCAAAUCAGAACAUACGGGCUGACGCAUUUGCCACGCCAGAUGCUCCAAUAACUCACCCUCAUCCAGCGAACAUUGGACACAACCAGAGCGUACAAGACCAGUCUCUACUCACGCUCUCUGAUACAUUCCUAGACUCACAGUUCCUCGACAUGGACCGGGUCAUCACUUUUGAAGAUGCGAACUUCUUCAUACCCUGGCAGUAG